AUGCUAUUGCAUUCGUCUAUCAUUCCAGGUGGCCAUCAGUGGGGCAAGAAAGGAUUCUUUUAUGAGCCAACUAUCUUCGCAGAUGUGAAGGAUCAAAUGAAGAUUGCCCAAGAAGAAAUAUUUGGGCCAGUAAUGUCCGUGAUCAGAUUUGACACGAUGAAAGAUCUUGUGGCUAUUGCAAAUAAUACCAUAUAUGGACUAGCUGCCGCAGUUGUAACGCCUGAUAUUGAAAAGGCACUAUACGUGGCAAACAACAUUCAGGCAGGAUCAGUAUGGGUAAACUGUUUUGACGUAUUCGAUGCGGCAGCACCAUUUGGCGGUUAUAAACAGUCAGGCAAGCUUUGUAUUGGUCGUGAACUCGGAGAGUAUGGGCUUGAAGCAUAUACUGAAGUAAAAACAGUGACCAUCAAAGUACCGCAGAAGAAUUCGUAG